AUGUAUUCAUCUAGCGAACCUAACUCGCUCGCGGCGCCCGUCCCCGCCUCGCCGCCGCCGGAGCCGAACACCACGGGAUCCGCCCUGUCCCCUCCCACCGCCGCCGACGCCGGCGGCUGGGGCUUCGGCGGGCUGCUCAAGACGCUCACCUCGCAGUCGGAGAACGUGCUGGAGACCUACCGCCGCGACCUCGCCGAGUUCAGCACGGGCCUGCGCCGCGAGACGGAUGCCUUCCGCGAGGCCGCGGCCCGGGCGGCGCGGGACCUCCCGUCCUCCGCGCAGGCGCUCGAUGGGCUCGCCGACAUCGUCGCCCAGGGCAAGGACGCCCUCGCCCAGGGCAAGGACGCCCUCGCCCAGCUGCGCGCGCUCCAGUCGGAUCCGGCCACCUUCGCCGCCGAUCCCGACGACGCCGAGGACUUCGCGGCCUGGAGGAGGGAGGCCGGGUUCAGCGUCGAUGAGCGGCAGGAGGAGAUCGAGGCGCUCUGCUACGAGAGCGACGCCGUGGAGGGCAUGCUGGACCGGCUCGUGCCCGACGCUGUGGACGCCGAGCUGUUCUGGGCGAGGUACUUCUACCGCGUCCACAGGCUCAAGCAGCAGGAGGACGCCAGGGCCAAGCUCGUGAAGCGGGUCAUCGCGCAGGAGGAGGAGGAGGAUCUCAGCUGGGAGCUGGAUGAUGAGGAACCAGCACCAGAGGAGGAGAUUAAGCAGGCAUCGAUCAGUGAAGAGCCAAAACAUUCUUCUAAUUUGAUUAGCCUAGGGGUUUCCUUGGGUUUUCUGCCUGAUGAGAUUUCUGUUUCGGCUAAUGUGUUGAGACAAACGGAGCUUGACCAUCUAACGGUUGCGCCGAAUGUCUCCACUGGGCCUGAAACGACAGUUAUAGACGAUGAUGAUGAUGAUGACAUCCUAGAUGGUCAAAUUCUCUCGGCUAUAAUUGGCAACAUUUCAGAAGUUGAUUUAGAACACGCGGAGCUUAGUUCUGAUUUACAAGCGUCCGAACGUGGUUCUCGAUCAUCGGCUGGAAAGAAAUCUCGCAGGUAUGGUAAGAACUCUAAAUCUAAAAUAGUUUCUCGAUGA